GUCGUGAGCGCCUCGGGGACCGUCGCCCUGGUCCCCGCCGCGGCGCCGCCCGUCCGCGCGGAGAGCACCCUGCUGGCCCGGGGCGCCGUGACUAAGGCGCCCGGCAGCGUCAGCGUGGAGUCCGCGGCGCCGCAGCCGCUUCGGGCCCCCGUGGGGACCCUGGUAACCAAAGUGGCUCCAGUUAGUGCUCUUCCGAAACUGGGCGGCGGCCCCAGGCUGUCCGCUCCCCAGAUCGUUACCGUGAAAGCCCCCAACACCGCGACGAUCCAGUUGCCUGCUAAUCUGCAGCUUUCGCCAGGAACAGUUUUGAUCAGAAGUAACAGUGGCCAGUUGAUGUUGGUGUCUCCUCAGCCAGGGGUGACGAGAGCAGAAGCCGCGAGCACCGUAACUGCCCGGCCAGCGGUCCCGGUGACCACGCAAGCCGUCAAGAUCUGCACGAUGACGAAUUCUAGCUCACAGCUGCUCAAGAAAGUGGCGGCGGCACCUGUUAAGACGUUGGCACAAGUAGGGACUACUGCGGCAACCACUGCUCCAAACUGUUCCUCAGUACAAUCAAUACCUGUGCCAGCCAGUGUUGUCGCGGUUACUCCUGUAAAGCCGGUGAGUACUGUGACCACCUUGAAGCCUGCAGAAGUGGGGACACCGUCUGCGCCCUCAGAUGAGCCCACUUCUAAAGCAGAGAACUCAGCAGCUGCUCAGGCAGGUCUUUCUCCGGCGAUGUUAGAAAACGUGAAGAAGUGUAAAAACUUCCUUGCCAUGUUAAUAAAACUAGCAUGUAGUGGGUCGCAGUCUCCAGAGAUGGGGCGGAACGUGAAGAAGCUGGUAGAGCAGCUUUUGGAUGCAAAAAUUGAAGCAGAAGAAUUUACAAAGAAACUGUAUGUUGAAUUGAAGUCAUCGCCUCAGCCUCACCUCGUUCCUUUCCUUAAGAAGAGUGUGAUUGCCUUGCGACAGCUUCUGCCCAACUCCCAGAGCUUCAUUCAGCAGUGUGUCCAGGAGACUCCCGGCAGGCUCGCCCUUGCCACCUGUACCCCAGCAGUCACAGCUUCUCCUGUGGUGACAGCUGCAGCGUCCUCAGCCCAGACUGUGAAGCCCACCAUUGCUUCUGCGGCAGCUGUGCCCACCCCCGUGUCUGUGCAAGCUCUGAAUCCACUUGUCGGUCCAGCAGGAGCAAAGGCUGGCAUUGUGACCCUGCAUCCUGUGGGCCCAGCUGCAGUGCCAGGCGGAACAUCCACUGGGACGGUUUUGCUCCAGACCUCGAAACCGCUUGUGACAUCGGUGCCGAACUCAGUGACGACGGUCACCCUUCAGCCUGAAAAACCAAUUGUCUCUGCAGCAGCGGUAACACUGGCCCUGCCAUCAGUCACUUUUGGAGAUAAGUCGGCCACAGCUCUUUGUCUUCCACCUGUGAAACCCAUUGCAGCUUCUGCCGGGGCCACGCUGGACAAGCCUGUCGUUGGCACACCUGUCCAAAUCCAACUCACGCAGCCGGGCACGCUUCUUCCACAGCCGGCUGGGAUUCCAGCAGCGGUCAAGGUCAAGCAACUGGUAGUCCAGCAGCCGUCAGGAGGCCUUGGGAAACAAGGGACCGCAGCACCGCAUUCCUCGGCAGUGACCAUUCCGAAAUCUGCACUCACGGUUCCAGGGAACACUGUAGUACCGACUACUUCCAUUGUAAAGCAAAUUACGCUGCCUGGAAAUAAAAUUUUGUCACUUCAAGCAUCUACUACUACUGUUCAGAAAAAUAAAAUAAAAGAGAAUGGAACAUGUUUCAGAGAUGAAGAUGACAUCAAUGAUGUGACUUCCAUGGCAGGAGUCAACCUCAGUGAAGAGAACGCCUGCAUCUUAGCGACAAACUCUGGAUUGGUGGGCACGCUCAUUCAGUCAUGCAAAGAGGAGCCGUUUCUUUUUAUUAGCGCUCUACAAAAGAGAAUCUUAGACAUUGGUAAAAGGCAUGACAUUACGCAGUUCAACUCUGAUGCUGUGAACUUGAUCUCCCACGCAACACAAGAGAGAUUACGAGGCCUUCUAGAAAAACUGACUACAGUUGCUCAGCAUCGAAUGACUGCUUACAAGGCCAGUGAAAAUUACAUCCUGUCUAGUGAUACUAAGUCGCAGCUCAAAUUUCUGGAAAAGCUGGAUCAACUAGAGAAGCAAAGAAAGGACCUAGAAGAACGAGAAAUGUUACUCAAAGCAGCCAAGAGUCGUUCUAAUAAAGAAGAUCCAGAACAGCUGAGAUUAAAGCAGAAAGCCAAAGAGCUGCAGCAGCUGGAGCUCGCCCAGAUACAGCACAGAGAUGCUAAUCUCACCGCGCUUGCCGCCAUCGGCCCCAGGAAGAAGAGGCCGCUGGACUCCGGAAGUGAGGGCUCAAGAGACAAUCUCGCUUGUGGGACAUCCAGCCUGACAGCCACCAAACAGUUGCUCCGUCCAAGAAUCACAAGAGUCUGCCUCAGGGACUUGAUAUUCUGUAUGGAACAGGAAAGGGACAUGAAGUACUCUCGGGCUCUGUACCUUGCCCUUCUGAAGUGACUGCUCUUCUCACUGUCCAGAUCCUUGUUGUUUACUGCCAAAGAAGACCAAAAGAGCAUGGUUGCACUGUCCUGACAUCUCAGUUUCUGGAGAACAGUCACCAACAUGGAAGACCACUGUUUUCCGUUAAUAAGCUUUUCUUAAAUUUUACUGUACAUCUCAUAGGGUUCUUUUUUUUUUUAAA